GCUGAAUGUCAGAAACUUCAUAACCUGGCCUAGCUCGUCGGCUCUAGGAAUCAUUCCAACGCUACAGCUCCAACCGACAACAUCACAAAAAGUAUUUUUGAAUAUUUUAGCCGAAUUUUAAACUAGUCAACAUGGGAGAAGAUGCACCUCCAGAAGGCCCCCCCCAGCCCCGGAAGCACCACCAACCACGACCAAGAGUGGAGCCUCCAUGAUGUCUGUCAGUCCUUGGUUCACCACUGCCGUAGUUGCCGCCUAUGCAGCCAGAGCCUUGUGGGUCAAGUUGCGUCACGCGGGAUCGGCCUCUGGGAAACGGAAGCUGCUGAAGAACGAGCUUUCUAAGGAGCAGGAAGAUGAAAUCGAUUCGGACCCCGAGGUGGAUUCUGAAUAUGAGUACGAGGCCGGGGACAAGGGCGAGGUUGACGAAGCUCAUGCUGUUGUGCAGGACGGGAUGCUAAAGCACUUGGAAUCUGACACUGGGCCCAUGAUUCGAUCAAGCGAGUUGUAGCCGUCGUUAAUUUUUAACCACCAAAGGAUCAAUACAUCUACACGACACGAGACACUGAAGCACCUACACUAAUUGUUGUAAUGUUUGCGAAUUCUUAGGGGAAGAAAGCCUGGCAACCAUUUGGAAUCUAUAGCCAAAUGGGGGACCAUCAAAUUGUUAGUUUAAAACAUUCCAAAUUCAUGACAUUUCGGUUUUAUAACUCAUACUGCUACGAUGACAAAGUUGUAAAUAUAUCUUUAAAUUUUUAACCUGCA